GAUUAGUUGAUUCUAUUGCCUGAUUUAUACAUGUGUGGCUUUAUUUUUACAUACGCAGAUAUUACUUAUGUAAAGCUAGAUAAAUGGCAUUACAGGUUUCUAGUAUAAUUUUGCCAAGAGCUUGAGGUGAUAAGUAUUAUCGCAGAAAAUUUAAGACAUUCGUAAUGACCAAUAGACUACCUCACUGUCCAAGGCCCUAGAUCACGUGGCCGUGGUAGGCCUAACAAGCACUGGCUGAACGUCGGGAAAGCGGACAUGGAAGAGAACAAUCUCACACCUGAGGAUGCGCAAGACCGGGCAAAAAGUGGAGAAGAUUAAGAAGGAAAGCGGACCCUGGCGCUAGGCCGAGAUAACGCUAGGUUGAAGAAGAAGAUUCGUAAUGAUCUUCCACUAGCAAGGAAUCGCAAUGUUUCUGUUAAUUUCUCAUGAGGAGAUAUAGUGGUUCUCAUAAUAGUGUCCUGCUUUUUAAUGUAAGGUGUCAUAAUUGUUAAAAACUUGUACGAGUAGUACGUUUAGAUAAGUAAUUUCGGUAAUCUACAGGAUAGAUUUUGAAUUCAUUCAAUAAAUUGACAUGGCUUAGCUGAUUUAUUUUUAGCAUCCCAUUCCUUAUAUAACACUUUACGGCCCUUUCCUUUCUUACUUAUUUAGUUAGUAUUUCUUGCGCUUUAUAAUUUAAAAAAAUAACGUACCCUGGCGUGUAUGGCCAGCUUUAGAUCGGAAACCAGAUGUACCAUCAGGUUCAAAUUUGCAUGGACAAUUUAUGAAUGAUUUCAUUCAUAACUUGUCCAUGCACUUUUGAACCCUACUUUACAUCUUACUUACAUCUUACUUAAUUAAUACAAGAAUACAAUUCUUGCCUUCGGCCUCCGUAAUAGCUGUCUCACGUAAUAACACGUUUCACGUAAACCAUUGCGGCUGUGUCCCUAAAACAACCUGACUGCAUUUUUGUCUUUAAAUCGGACUCACACUUGACUGUAUAUUUCUAAUAGGUUUUCCUGGUAUCUUUAGAUAAAGAACUAUUUUGUGUUUUUUUUUACUGUAUUUUGUUUGUCCAUUUUUUUUAAAUAUAUAAUGCAAUAUAAUUUGAAAAACUUUGUGUUUUAAUUUUCUUAUUUACCUCCUAAUAGUAGUCAAAAUUCAAUCGUUGACGUUACAUCCAUCUUUGGGUCACUGUCUUACAUAUGUGUACCAAAUUUCAACUUAAUUGGUCCAGUAGUUUCGUAGCAAACAGGCUGUGACAGACGGACAGACAGACGCACGAGUGAUCCUAUAAGGGUUUUUUUUUUUUUCUUUUUGAGGUAUGGAAGCCUAAAAAAAGGGAGUCAAAACUGCUAAUGAAACAUACAAAAACGAUGUCAUGUGAGGUACGAGUAGACUAAAACGGUAUACAAAAAAAAGUUAGAAACAUUGAAUUGCUGGAGGGAUAUAUCCUCAUUAUAAAGCCCACGACCGCUGAAAGAUCAGCACGGUUUGGGGAUAAAGAAAUAACUUGCACUAGUUCCCGGUCACAUUUCAUCACUAGCCGGACUAUCUGAGACAAAAGCAAAUGCCACGCUAUAUUACCCACUAAUUGUGAGCCUCGUGCGCUGAAUACAGGAGAUGAGACAAGUACUAGUGUUAAAAUCUUCAUUACCAUUUUAAUUGUUCACCUCUAUUCAUCCAGUAAUGACAUUGAUGGUUUGUUUCGGUAUUACCGAACAGCAUAUUUUAACACAAACAAAGCGCCUUUUAUAAGACGAGUUACUUUCAGAAAAAUGUCAGUAGUGUUCCAUCGAUCAGCUGGAAAGAUGAUUUUAAAAAGUUUCCUGGCAGCUAUAGUGUUAUCUUUUGCUUGGAUAAAGUCAGUUGCGGGCGGCACGUCGUACUCAAAUGUUUACAUGCAAAGUGGUCCAAGUUUGGGUUUCUACGGCCCUGCGGCUUUAAGAAGUGCACAACUCACGCCUCUAUCUGCUGCGCCUCUCAUGUCAAGUUUGUUACCGCCUUGUGUAUCACCGUGUGUCGUUCCUACUCAACAAGUGGCUGCAUUAACACCAGUAGCAACCAGUAGUGCCAAUUUUGUCACGUAUAAGUCUCCGAUAAGAGUCCCAGUUGUUGUAGCGCCGAGUAAUAAUGAUGCUACGAGCUACGAGUAUUCCUAUGUGGUUUAUGAUGAGGACACUGGUGAUCAAAAAGCUCAAAAAGAAACAAGUGACGGCUCCGUAGUGCGGGGACAAUACUCACUAAUUCAGCCUGAUGGAAAUAUCCGAGAGGUGCAGUACACUGCUGAUGAUCUUACAGGAUUUAACGCAGUUGUUAAGAACUUUUUACCCGGAAACGAAGCUAAAUCUAUCUCACCAUGCCCUGAAAUAAAAAGCGAACCGCUAAAAGAAGCUCAAGAGAAAAAAGAUGAAGCACACGAACUCGAACCUGAAGUUCAUGAAGAACAACAUGGUCAUGAAGGUGAAAGCCACGAAGAACAUGAGGCCCAUGCAGAACCAAAACAUGAAGAACAUGGUCACGAAGAACAUGAAAGUCAUGAAAGGCAAUCAGAACCUGAAAAGCAUGACGAUCAUGGAGGUCAUGGAGAAACCAAAAGUCAUGAAGAGCACGGGGGACAUGAGGAACAUGAAAGUCACGAAGAACCCGCGAAACAUGUGAGCCAUAAGGAGCAUGAAGAGCACGCAGGGCCAGAGGGUCACGAAGAACACGGCGAAACUGAAGAGCACAAAUCCCAAGAAGAGCACGCAGAACCAGAAAGCCAUGGAGAAUCUCACAUUGCUGAAGAACAUGGGGGUGAAGAAAAGGAAAAGCCGAGAGCAACACAGAGUGUUGAAGUAUUACCGAUCGUUUCAGAUGCACUUGUUUCUUACAACGACGUCAUUAAGUGCAUACAAUCUGCCAUUAAUCGAGCGAAUACGCCACAACCGUUAGCUUCUCCACUUACGUACAUUGUAUUGAAUAAGCCCUGUUAAGUACAGCUGUUUCAUAAAUCUUUUUUUUUUUUCAAAAUUGAUAUUACCGUCUAGUCUCGGAGUCAAAACUUUAUGUUACCAUAUUCCAUACUAUAACUUAUACUAUUUUUCAUUUGAAGUUGUAUAAUAAAAUUACAGAAAAAAGUUACUGGAAUUAAAACUGUAACAAAUAUCAUAUGUCUUCAUUAUUACAAAAUAUGCCUGAUACUGCUAAACUUGGUUUAAUAACUUCAAAUCUGCAUGCUGAUAGCCUGAUUACGUACACCAUAUAAUUAAAUUAAAUUUUAAAAUAUUCAACAAAUCAUUCACACAGAACCUUUAACAACUAAGUAAUGAAUUGUUAUACUUGUUUUCUCUACUAGUGAAUUUACAUGUAGGUUAACAACGGUGCACAUAUAUAAUCAAUAAUCACACACUUGCAUUUAACAGAUCGAUCAAUGUCUUGUCAAACCUCUUUACAUACCUAUUAUGUAGGUACUUACUUAAAACAGAUUGAUUACGAUAAAACUGUGAUAGCGAAAUUUGAUUAAAAGCACCACUCGAUGCGUAGACCAGAAGCCAAUCGUUAACGCUCCGUAGCGAACGAAACGCAAUUCUGACACUAUCGCACUAAUAUGGAAAAGUGAUAGAGAGAGAUGACUACGCUACGCUACGGAGCGUUAACGAUUGGCAUGUUGGCUACGCGGGCUGGUCAUGUCACGUAUCGACUGUAGAUUCUAAUGUCUUUAAAAUUCAAUGUCGGCAACUUUAAUUGGGUUAAAUAUCUGAUCAAUCAAUAUGCCUUAAUCUUAAUCAGAAAAUUAAUUCGUUUUAAAACUACGGCAUUUUUUUAGAAAUGUAUAUGUUGAAAUUUGUGCAAGAUUAUUUGCAGUAAUGUCUUUGGAACAUACAAGACAAGGUCUAAUUAUGUAAAUUUUUAGACUUGUGUUUUCGCCAUUUCUUACCGCGAAACACAGUGAUCUAAAUAUUUCUAGGACGGAAGGUAACACUAAAAUAAUAACUGUUUAAAGAAUAAGUAAUGUCACACGUCAUGACGUUUCAGUUUAUAUAUAUAUUUGCAAAAAAAAAAGAAUAUUCAUGUUUCGUUAGUUUAAUCAUGAGUUAAUUUUUUUAAAUAAAAUAAUCAUCAAUGAGUAGAUGAUGUUUUUUU